AUGGCAAGCUCCAUUUCCAUUGUGAGUGCUGUUGCAGUAGUAGCCUGGGCUACCACUUAUUUCAGCUGUGGGGUUAACAUGGAAAACAGUAGCCUUGCCUUAGCUGCUUCUAUACCAAUAUCUGAAACACCUCGCGAUCCUGCAGCACUGGAACGAGAAGCAAAGGCUCGGCAACGAACCGGGUGGUGGAGCAACUACGUCAACACUAGCACUUCUCCUUGCAACUUGACUGUCUAUCUGGACGUUUCUGGAGCUGGACUUGUGGGAAGCAUCCCGGCAGAGAUAGGUAAAUCUUCAAAGCUCAUCUACGUUGACCUCUUCUCAAAUUGCCUUACAGGUCAGUUGCCUCUUUCCCUUGGAAACCUCUCCCAACUGCAGAUGCUUAACAUUUAUGAUAAUCAAAUCAACGGUUCCAUUCCUCCAGAAUUAGACAAUUUGAAGAAUCUUUUUGUGUUAAACUUGGGCAUCAACAACUUUUGUGGUCCAAUCCCUUCAGAACUUGGUCUUUUGAUUAACCUCACUCGACUGUUUAUUGAUGGAAACAAAAUCAAAGUUACUUUGGACUUGAGUCAUAACUCAAUUGGUGGAAAUAUACCUCCUCAACUCGGCAAGUUAUCACAAGCACAGACAUUGAACUUUGCCUACAACAAUCUCACUGGCCAUAUCCCCUCUUUUAUAACUUCGGUGUGUUAUGCAAUCAACUUGUCGUACAAUUGUUUAGAGGGUCCAAUUCCACAAGAAGUUGCUGAAAAUAGUCUAGUUGGGGCAUAUAUGGGCAAUAAGGAAUUAUGUGGUCAAGUUACAAGUUUCCCUACCUGCUUGACAAAACAUCACGGUGUCUUCUACAAUAUCAAAAUCAGAAUCAUUGUUUCCAUCUCACUUAUCCUUGCCUUGACAUUUAUUGUGCUUCUGGCAUUCUACUUUUAUAGGCGUUCCCCUAAAAAUAACGAGGGCAAACCUACUGACAUAGCAACAAAGAAUGGAGAUAUAUUUUGCAUUUGGAAUUUUUAUGGGAAAAUUGCAUUCCAGGACAUCAUUCAAGUAACGGGGGACUUUGACAUUAGGUACUGCAUUGGGACCAGUGGCUAUGGAAGUGUCUACAAGGCACAACUAUCAAAUGGCAAAGUAGUCGCCCUAAAAAAGCUUCACAGUUUGGAAGCUGAAGAACCGGUCUUCAGAAAGAGUUUCAUGAACGAGGUGAAACGUUGA